CCAUCCAUCCAUCCAUCCAUCAUCCAUCAUCCAUCCAUCCAUCCAUCCAUCCAUCCAUCCAUCCAUCAUCCAUCCAUCCAUCCUCCAUCAUCCAUCCAUCCAUCAUCCAUCCAUCAUCCAUCCAUCCAUCCAUCAUCCAUCAUCCAUCCAUCAUCCAUCCAUCCAUCCAUCCAUCCAUCCAUCCAUCAUCCAUCAUCCAUCCUCCAUCCAUCAUCCAUCAUCCAUCCAUCCAUCCAUCCAUCCAUCCAUCCAUCCAUCCAUCAUCCAUCCAUCCAUCCAUCAUCCAUCCAUCCAUCAUCCAUCAUCCAUCCAUCCAUCCAUCAUCCAUCCAUCAUCCAUCCAUCAUCCAUCCAUCCAUCCAUCCAUCCAUCCAUCCAUCCAUCCAUCCAUCCAUCCAUUCAUCCAUCAUCCAUCCAUCCAUUCAUCCAUCAUCCAUCCAUCAUCCAUCAUUCAUCCAUCCAUCCAUCCAUCCAUCCAUCCAUCCAUCCAUCCAUCCAUCCAUCCAUCCAUCAUCCAUCAUCCAUCCAUCCAUCAUCCAUCCAUCCAUCCAUCCAUCCAUCCAUCCAUCAUCCAUCCAUCCAUCCAUCCAUCCAUCAUCCAUCCAUCCAUCCAUCAUCCAUCCAUCCAUCCAUCCAUCCAUCCAUCCAUCCAUCCAUCCAUCCUCAUCCUCCACUGGGAUGA